GAGUGUUCCGGUGACAAGAUGUACCGGCGGUACUGUCUACUGCCACCACUGCUGCUAGUACCGUCGGGUCGCGUACCGUCGCGAGUGCCGCGCGUAGCGUGAACCAAUCAUGUUGGCCAUAGACUGUCUGGUCGGUGGACUGCUGCUCAGCUCGAUCGGCGUCAACAUACUGGCGCUCGGGUCGUUCUGGGUAACGCCAAGCCUCCGGACCACCGCCAACCGGUUCGUGAUCAAUCUGCUGAUCGUGAAUCUCGUCUGCUGCAUCAUACUCGGUCCGUCGCUCCUGCUCAAUGCGUUCACCUCGCAAUCGCAGCCACUGGCAACGCCAUUGCCCGAAGCGGAAACGUUGUCACACGACAUCGCCCCAACGCACAUCUAUCUGGUGGAACCAUCGGCAUCGGAGUACGCAACGGCCGGUGCAACCGAUGGUACACCGACGACGUUGGUGUUCCGGGAGACGGCGGCCACGGCUACGGCUCUAGUUACCAAGGCAAGGGCCACGGCCAACCGGACACGGAUCGUCAUCAAGUGCAGCAAAAAUGGAACGAUGGGUAGUGACGGUGAGGGUGGCGCCCUAGGGGGCAACAACAAUUGUGAUAAACUGACGGAGGAAGCGGACGGGCAGGACGGAUCGGAUCGGUCGUCCGAUGGCGUGAGGGAAGAGGAGGAAGGAAGUGAUGGUCCUUCGAUAAGGCCGAGCCCGGUCGGGCACGGCGAAGAGGAUGCCGAGCUGCACGCGAAGCUGACACUAACCAAAAUCCGGUGCUGGGGUCUCGACCUGGUCGUUGCCCUCGGGGCCCUCUCGGUGCUACUGGUCGUCGGUGAUACCUGGUGUGCCAUCACCGAUCCGUUGCGCUACCAUUCGCGCAUUUCCGAGCUAAAGGCCUGGACCUUCAUCAUCGCAACCUGGGUGCUGGGCAUUGCGUUCGGCAUUGCGUCCGGGUUCCGCGGUGAUCAGAAGACGGUGACGCUCUUCAAGAACCGGCUGACGGCCGAAGAGGUGGCCGCCAUCGAAUCUAGUCAAUGGGCUCGAAAUGCGAGCGGUGGUGGUGGUGGUGCCGGCAGUGGUUGGGGUGAUGGUCCAGUGGCCAGGGGCGAUGGUUUCAUUAAUCAGCUCAACAUCUCGGAGGAUCUCUACAAUACGAUCUUCUCGUACACGUACUUCGUGGUCGUCAUUCUGAUCCCGUUUGCGCUCGUGUGCGGCAUGUAUUGGCGCAUUUUUUCGGAGGCACGCGAAAGUGGUCAACGGAUGCGCCAGAACGGGUCAUCGCCCCUUCUGCAGAGUGCUCUCAAUCUGGUGUCUUCGCAGAAGCAAGCGGAGAAGCAACAGAUGCUGGAACAGCAGCAGCAGCAACAGCAGCAACAGCAACAUCUUCAGCUGCAACACCAGGUACAUCCGCUGCCGAGUAUAGCGGAGCGGCCCUGUUCGGAGAAGCUUGCCGAUGGUGAGGGUCUUACGAUGAAGAUCGACAAGCAGAUCCACUAUGAGGAUGAGACGAUCACCAUCAGCAGUAUACCGCAUCACCAUCACCGGGAUCAUCACCAUCAUCGGGAUCCGUGUCUGAAGCCGUUGCUCCAGCAAUCGCCGGCACCGAGUCCAACGCACAAAGCAACGGCGAUGCAGCACCAGCACCACCACGAGCCGGAUCGGCCUGACCGAUCCCAGGUGGUGCAGAUCGCGACGCCGCCGCCGCCGCCGCCGCCGUCCGCCAUAUUGCCACCGAGUGUGCUCAAGUCACCGCUCAAGCACGAUCGCAACCACAACAGUAUUCUGAUGUCACUUCCACCGCUCGAAAACUCGGCGAGCGGUCCCAUUCCGACGCAGUCACCGGUGGCCACGGGCACGGUGCACGGUUUGGGCGGUAAGGUACGGCGUAACCACAGCGCUGGCCGGCUCGUCAGCUUUAGCGAGGAUCGACCGGAGUUACCACCGGCCGGACUACGGCAGGUACAUUCGACGCCCAACUUCCGGAAGUACAGUGCGGGAGAGUUUGAGCAGCAGCUGCUCGGCAACCAUCACAUCCUGUCGUUGCCGGCCGUCCACGUACCACCGAAGGCACUCAGUUACAUGACGUCGAUCCGGCAUCGGCUUUCGAACGCAUCGUCGCUGUUCAAGUAUCGCGAGGAGUCGCGAGCGGCGCGUAUCAGUAUCCUGGUGAUUAUUAUGUUCCUGGUGUCCUACCUGCCGUACGGUAUUCUGGUGCUGAUGCAGGGUCACGUCGAUCUGAUCAUCGUCUCGGAUCAAGCCCUGCUCGCCAUCUUCACGGUGGUGAUCGCGAAUCUGAGCUCACCGUUCAUCUUUGCGUAUCGCAACAAACGGGUCCGGCGUGGUGUCAAGCGGUUGCUCGGUAUUGACCGGAAGACGAACGAGCGACUUCAGAAGCUCACCACCAGCAACACACACUUCAACAACCAUCCACAACAGCAGCAGCACCAGCAGCAGCAACAGUUGCAUCAGCAACACCAACAGUUGCAUCAGCAACAGCAACAAUUCAGUGGC